AUGGCUACUGGUGGGAAAGGAGUGAAAAGCAGGUUCUCUGAUAGGUGGAAGAAUGAGGGAAUGACAUUCUCAAUGCAAUUUCAGAGGGGGGAAAUGUCUCAUACUACUAAAGUCCAGCUUCAGGGAAAACCUCAUAUGUUUACCUUGAUUCCUGAAACAGAAUGCUUUGAAAACUUUGUUCCCCCUGUUGAUAAACCUAUGAUUGAAGAAUCUUAUAUUUCUCCUGCCUCACUUCAUAACCCUGAUCAUGUUUCAAAUCUUUUCCACUUACAUUCUAGCCUUCCAUCUCUAAAUAAUAUCCCUGAUACUGUGAGUGACAAUCAAAGUGAUACAGGAGAUCCUUCCUACCUUCCUCCUGAAGAUGAAGAUUAUAUUGAUCAAGAGGGGGAUGGGUAUCAACUUAUGAUAAAUAGAAAUCCUAUUGCUAGUUUGGAUAAUAGUCAUCAGAAUGUUUCUCCAAUUUCUAUACAGCACUUUUCUCCCGAGCCUAACAAUAAUCCAGAUCCUCCUUUACAUUCUUCUCUUGUUCCUGCACAUAAUGAUACCCUUAAUUUUCAUGCAGUUGAUCAUUAUAGCCCUGAAAUCCAAAACCCUUUAAACACUGAAAGCCAAAUUCCUUUAAAUUCUGAUCAAAUACAGCUUCAGCAAGAACAGUCUACUCUUGAAAAUUCUAACCCUAUGCCUAGAUGUUAUAUUUUUGAUAGAACCUUGAAUACUUAUAUUCCCUCAACUAGUCAAGUGGAUAUUUCUGAUCAGUCUUUGAGUUCUGAGUUUCCUUCUGAUAUGGGAGACAGAAUUGCUACUGUUAUUCAGCAGAGAAGAAGGAUUAUUAGGGAGAAUAGGGUGACUGAGGAGGAAUUAAGCUCUGGAAUUCGUAGUCUUGCCCUAAAGAGAAGUUUGGAGGAUGAAAUUGAGCAUGGUAGGGUGAAUAAGAGAAGCAAAGCUGUUUCUGGAGUUUUUAUUGAGGAUAAUGCUGAGGGGCAGGCUAGUGAGACUAUUUCUACAAGGGCUUCUGGUAGUAGAAGAGGGAGGAAGGGUAUAAGGAAGGAAACAGUAAGAAGAGGCAGGAGAAAGAAGAUUGUCUGGACUAGAAGGCAAGUGGAUGAGUUAUGUCUGUUUGACGUUCUUGUGCAGAUGGGGAGUGGGUCUGAUGUGAGGGACCUUUCUGCUAGUCUUAGUAUGGAGGAAAAUAGAGCUGAAGCCUUGACAGAAAAGGCGCUUAAACAGAAUAUACACAAAUAUGAUCCCGAUUGUGUAUUUCUUAUGGAAACAAGGAACAAUAGGGGUAUGGUGGAUAGAAUUCGAAAGAAGCUAAAGUUUGUUGGAGCUGUAUAUGUGGAUCCUGAGGGUUUAAGUGGGGGGUUGGCUUUAUGGUGGAAAGAAGGGUGGAUUGUUAAUAGUAUAGAAGAGACAAAAAAUUUCAUUGAUACUGUUAUUGAGAAAGAUGGAGUGAAAUUCAGAAUUACUUGGAUUUAUGGUGCUCCAAUUUAUAAAGAUAGAAAGAUUGUAUGGGACAGGAUAAAGAGAAAAGCUAUGGGAAUUGAUACUGCUUGGAUGUGUAUAGGGGACUAUAAUGAUAUCAUGGAUGAGGAUGAGAAAGAGGGAGGCAAUCCUAAAGAGCAAAGAAUUAUGCAAAACUUUAGGAACUUUAUUAAUUUCUGCCAGCUGAUGGAGGUUCCUACACAAGGCCAAAAAUUUACUUGGUCUGGUAUUAGGGAAAAUGGGCUUAUUAAGGAGAGAUUAGAUAGAAGUCUAAUGAAUUUGGCUUGGUUUGAAACUUUUUCAAGAUCGCAGGUGUGGAAUUUGAUCAGCCUUGGUUCUGAUCACUCUCCUCUUAUUUUCAGCUCUGAUGUUAAGGAUGGGAAAGGGUCUAAGAAGUUCAAAUUUGAAGCUUAUUGGUGUGAAUCUGAUGAUUAUGAUGGAAUUAUUAGAGAAGGUUGGGGGAUUGAUAUUGAUGGGAAUGAUGCUUAUAAGGUGAUUUGUAAGCUUAAAAAAUGCAGGGAGCUUUUAAAGAAAUGGUGCAAAGAGAAAGAUCAAAAUAAACAGUCCAAGGAAAACAUUAUUAAAGCUAUUUCUGAUUUGGAGAAUGUUGGUGAUUCUGUUAUGGAUUGUGAAAUGAUUAAAGAUUUGGAGAAUCAGCUGGGGAAAAUUUGGAAUCAUGAGGAGAUUUAUUGGCAUCAGAGGGCUAGAAUCAAUUGGAUUAAAAGUGGAGAUGCUAAUACCAGGUUUUUUCAUCAAUCAACUUUGAAAAGAAGACAGCAGAAUAAAGUUUUGAGACUUAAAAAUGGGGAUAACUGGGUGGAAGAAGAGGAGGAUAUUAUGACUCAAUUUACCAGUUAUUAUGAUAAUCUUUUCAAGUCAGGUAGAUCUGAAAAUUGGGAGGAAGUUUUGGAGUGUGUGCCACAGUUGGUAGAUGAUGAAAUGAAUUCUGGUUUAACAGCUAUUAUUACUGAUGACGAAGUAAGAGUUGCUGUUUUCCAACUUGGAGAAUUAAAAAGCCCAGGCCCUGAUGGAUUUAAUGGAAUGUUUUUUCAGAGACAUUGGAAUCUGAUUAAGGAUGAUAUUUGCAGAAUGGUGAGGAAUUUUUUCAGAAGUGGGAAACUCUUGAAGGAGAUGAAUGCAACAGAGAUUGUGCUGAUCCCUAAGGUAAAGAGACCUGAGGAUGUAACCCAGUUCAGGCCAAUCAGUUUGUGUAAUUUUACAUACAAAAUUAUCUCAAAGGUCUUGGUGAAUAGAAUGAAGCCUUUGAUGAAUGUGCUUGUUACUGAAAAUCAGAGCGCCUUUGUGGAAGGAAGACAAAUUCAUGACAAUGUAGUCAUUGCUCAAGAGGUUUUUCACUACUUAAAGUUGAAGAAGAAGGGGAAUCAGUAUGAUAUGGCUGUGAAGGUGGAUAUGAAGUGUGUGCGUACUGUCUCCUAUUCUUUGGUUAUAAAUGGUAAAUCGAGUCGUAGGGUUAUUCCUUCUAGAGGUCUUAGGCAAGGGGACCCUUUGUCCCCAUAUCUUUUCAUUUUGGUCAUAGAUGCCCUCUCUAGGAUGAUCCAAACAGCUGACCCUGUCAAUGCCAAGAGACUUUUUGAUAUUAUUCAGGUCUAUUCAGCUGCUUCAGGACAACUUAUCAAUCUGGACAAGUCUAGUCUAAUAUUUAGUGCAAACACUCCAGCUGAUAUUCGGCAAGACUUGGCAAGAUGUCUACAAAUUAGAGAGGCAGAGAAUCCUGGAAUAUAUUUAGGCUUUCGAUCCACCUGGGGAAAAACUAAAUGUGGAGCUUUGAGCUAUAUUAAGGAAAAGGUGGAAGCACGGCUGAAAUCCUGGAAGCAACAGUUGUUAUCUCUCGCAGGCAAGGAGAUUUUGAUUAAAGCAGUGGCAAGCUCUAUUCCUGCCUAUGUCAUGAUGUGUUUUAAAUUCCCAAAAAAAGUCUGUGCAGAUAUCAAUUCUAUGGUUGCUAACUUCUGGUGGGGACAACAAGAUAAUGAGAAAAGGAUUCACUGGGUCAGCUGGGAAAAAAUGACAUUGCCAAAAGAAGAAGGGGGUAUGGGGUUUAAGGAGCUUGAAGCUUUUAAUAGGGCUCUUUUGGCAAAACAGAUAUGGAGAAUUUUGGAGAAUCCAGAGGCAAUGUGGGUUAAAGUUCUCAAGGGCAUUUAUUUUCCGAAUGCUGAUAUUAUGACUGCUAAGAAGGGGGCACGAGCUUCAUGGUCCUGGCAAAGUCUCCUAGAGGGCAGAAAUUUUAUAAAAGAGCAUCUGGUAUGGCAGGUCGGGGAUGGUAAGCAAGUUCAGAUAUGGCAUGAUAAUUGGAUACCAGAAGUGGGCAUGUUAAAUAUUCCUGAGGAUAUGCUUCAAGAUAGACCAGAACAGGUUUCUGAACUCAUAGAGCCUUCCCAAAAACAGUGGAAUUUGACUGAGAUAGAUGAUUUGAUCUCCCCUGUUGAAAGGAAAGCAAUUUGUAGUAUCCCUCUGGGGAUUGUUGAAAGGACUGAUAAGAGGAUAUGGCCAUUCACUAAAACAGGUCAGUAUUCUGUUAAGUCAGGCUAUUAUAAAUUGAAAAAUUUUGAUGGUUGUAUUCAAAUUGGUCAGAAAGCAUCUACUUCUCAUUUGAUAGAUAGGAAGAUAUGGAAAUUUAUGUGGAGUAUUAAUUGUCCUCCGAAAAUUAAGGUUUUUCUUUGGAGAUGUGUUAGAAAUGUUAUUCCUACUCUUUGGGGUUUAUAUAGGAGAGGAUGUCACUUGAAUGGAGUUUGUGGAAUUUGUGGUCAGGAAGUAGAAACUGUUGAACAUUUAUUGCUAACCUGUGACUGGACAAGAGGUGUGUGGUUUAGUAUAUGUGGGUUGAUGAUAGAUAAACAGAGCAUUACUUCUUUUGAUGUUUGGUUGUGGAAUCUCUGUAAUUCUUUACAGGAGAGUUUAGAUGAGGCAAUGCCUAUGAUCUCAAUGAUUGCUUUCACAUGCUGGAUCAUUUGGAAGUCUAGAUGUGAAGUUCUCUUAAAUCAUAAUGUGCUUAGUCCAGAUUCUACUGUUAUUCGUAUCAGGAAAGCAGUGAGUGAGUUUUUGUUUAUACAGCUUUUGCAUCAGAAGAAUUUGCAGAAUGAUAACAAUGAGGAAAAUCAGGAGCAAAAAUGGUUAAGACCUCCGGAAGGCUGGCUUAAGAUAAAUUCUGAUGGGUCUUUUUGCACAAAGACUAAUUUGGCUGGUAUUGGUUUUGUGGUUCGGAAUCAUGACGGGCAAGUGUUGCAGGCUACUGGUAAAAUGUGUUCUGCUACUACUGCUCUAAUUACUGAAGCUCUUGCUUUAAGGGAAGCAGUAGGAUAUAUUGUGAGAACAGGUUGUCAUAAAGCUUAUUUUGAGGUUGAUUCUGCAGAGUUGCACAGAAAUAUUAUAGAAAAGGAUGCUGUGAAGCUUGAUUGGAGAAUAAAGCACAUAGUACAGGAUACUCAGUUAAUGUUGAACAGUAUUCAAGAGAAGGAAAUCCGAAAGAUUUGUAGGAGUGCCAAUAAGGCGGCAGAUUGGUUUGCUAAUCAAUCUCGGUUGAGGAUGCUUUGCAGGGACUGGAGACAGUUUCCUCCAUCUUCAUUAGUCAAGAUCUGGAACAAGGAUGGAGUCCCUGCUCCUCAUUGA